CAAAUGUCCACGCUUGUCCACGAAAGGGGAGGAGGGGGUCAAAAUUCUCAUUUUUCUGUCCAUGUGGUAUCUGAACGGCCCCUUAAAUGUUAUUGUUAUCUCCGGAAUGGUAAGUUCGAUUUGCUGUUUUUGGUGUGAACGUUGAAUAUAUUAGUAAACUAAAAUACAUUAUUUGUUUACUUUUCAGCAAGCUGAUCGGUAAAAAACGAAAGGUCGAAGAUUAAGAUGCGGCAAAAAAAACCUUGAUGGAGCCGUCUGUUGAUGCGCUGCUGAUGGUGACAAUGAAGGAUUUAAUUUCAAACGAAUUUGGAAAACAAUAAAAAGCAUGUUUUCAGCAUGAAAUAUCGAGAAUUUUUCUUAUUAGAAAGUGAUUUACUGUUUCCAUAAGAAUCUCUUAUGAAAAGCAACAACCUCUCAUUGAAGAAGGCGUUCAUCUUCAGAAUUCAUUCGCGUCAUAAGACAAUCUUAUGAAUUUCAUUAAUUUUUCUUAUGGCGCCACUUCAUAAGAGAAUCUUAUGGCAUACAUAAUAGUAUUUUUCUGAGUGCACGUAACUUAGAAGUAGAAGUUGAAUUGGCGAUUUGCAGCUCGAAACGACUCUCAGAGGGCCCUGCGAUCAAAAGGGUGAUAUUAUGGAUAGAAACGUCAAGCUACAUAGUAUUUUUUCAAAACAAAGAGAAAAAUUGUAGAAUUUCGGCGUUCAGAGGUAAAUUAUUCGAGAUUGAGCUAUUGAAUAAGGUAAGAAAAAGUAAACUACGUAAUCGUGUAUACUUUAAAAGCCCUGUUUUAACUUAUAUACGUUAAUUUUCAGUUGACGAAAAACUCUGCAGUGUCACUGUGCAACAGCGCGGAAAGCCUGCCUGGAAUUAGAAUCUAUCCAAUUGAGAUCACAAAGGAUUUUCUUAGAACUGGUAAUAAAUCACCCUUAAAAUGAUAAUCUUCAAGAUUGAUCAGUUUUAAAAACAAAAUUAAUAUGUUUCUGAAUUAUUUUUAGAUCCGUACCGAGUCUUGAAGAAAUAUACCUGGUAAAAAAAUAUAAACAAUCAAUGAAAAAAGCGUGUAUAAGGUUGCUUCCCCAAAACCUUAAGGCAUUUGGUGAAAUGGAGAAAGUGUUUAAAAUUAUAAUUUGCAUACCAUGAUGUACCACAGAUCGAAAGCAGAUUCAUGAACCAAGGCAAGUAAGUGUAGUCAAAAUGAGAUGCGAUUUUUUAUGAAAGAAACUUCCUGCUAAGUCAUGAAUAAUAUAGAUUUAGAAAUCCUGAAUGCAUACAAAAAUAAGACAAAUUCAACAGCCCCUAGCACCAAAUCCGAAAAAGAAAAUUAUAACAAAAAUCAGGGGUUCCUUAAGAAGAAAUUAUAUAAAAAAAAAUCUGCAUAAUAACUUUUUCAAUCAUAAAUUUAAAAAAAAAUCACUGGAUUUAAAAUUAUUGAACGUAUUAAGCUUGCCGAUACAAGAACAUCAGUUGGACAAUCGUAAUUACAGAAAAUAAAAAGCCUUUCACGGAAAUGUUGCUUCAUUUAUCUAAGCUUAAGCGGAAACGCUGGAUAUGGAAAUAACUUUUUUUUUAAUUGACGGUUUUCUCUCCAGUGCUUUGGAUUCAGCAAAAGUAAAUUUAAACAUAGCUAGAGAAAAAGUUUCAACUUAAUAACAUCACAUUAGUGUAAUGAUUUUUUGAAAUUUUCUCUCAUAUUAUAAAUAGUCUAUCUUAAAUUGACCGAACAUAAGGUCUAACGCAGUCUAACACAAUCUACAAAACCGUUAGCUAUCGUAACAGCAUCUACAUAAUUCAAUCUAAAAAAAAUUAAAGAUGAAUUUCGUAAGAAUAACCAUGAAAAACCUGAUUUUCUCAUGCAAAAAGCAUUUAAAUAAGUUAAUUGCAGAUUUUCUUACAAGUUGAUGUCAUUUUAAUUUUGUGAAAUUCAGCUGUUUUUAAAAAAACUUCUAUUUUGAAAACAACUUAUAUUCACUGCCGUGUUAAAAAACAGCUAUCAUCACCCUUUUGUUAGUACCAAAAGUGAAAAUCAGUUGGCGCUGCAAGUAAAAAAGUUUUGCUGCAAAUCGCCAAUUGAGAUCCGUCAAAAUUACUGAUUCCGUACACGGAAAAUAAUAAAAAGGUAAAAUUUACCUAGAAAAAAAGGUGAAUCCUCAUGAAAGACAAAAAGGUAAGUUUUACCUCGAAGAGGUAAAAUUUACCUCGGAGCAAAGUAAAAUUUACCUGAAUUGGGCUGAAGAAAAAGGUACAAUUCACCUAGAAAUAAAGGUAAAUGUUGGCCCAAUUCAAAAAGGUACUUCUUACUUCCAAGCGUGGUGAAUUUCACCACUGAGCGAGGUAAUAACUCCAUUUUGCUUUAAGGUUGGAAAUUUCUUUGAACAGUUAACCAUUGUUUUCGUUUGUGCGGUUCGUUCGGUUAGAUAAAAAGAUAGAAACCUUUGUUAAAAAUGGAGAAUCGCGAAUUAGUGAUUUCAGAACUCACUGAGGAUUUGGGUUUCACCAGCAGUGUUUGGGAAAUUUUUUCAGGUAGUGAUAAUUGUAGAAUUGUGAAUAACCCAGAUGUUUCCGACCUAAACAAAAAUUUAAAAAACCAUAAAUUACAGAGUGCGGACUAUCCUGGGUGGAUCUCUUAACGAUCACACAAGAAGAUCUAGAAAGUGCCCUCAGUGUUGUGGACGUUGAAUGGUCGCAUGGGAACGUUUUCCGGACCAUCGUUGAGUGGCGAAAACGAAACGUAAGUUUAAAAAUUUUUUGUUUAUGAAAACUUAAAGCUAAUAGAAUAUUUCAGAAAGUUAUUGUCCAUAAGCUCUUGACUGCCCCUUCUGCUACGGAAUUUCCACCGAACAAGCUGUCUUCCCGUUCCGAAGACAGUUGUUCUGUCUCAUCAGCAGAAGACGACUUGGAUAAGCCUGGAACUUCUUACGGUUCAGUUCCAAAUCCAUUAUCAAAACGCAAGCGCACAAAUUCGGAAUCGGACGAAGACGGCGAGUCAUGUCCCGAACCUAAAUGUUCUACUGAUAUUACUUUUUCUCCUAAAUUGCUGGAAGAAAUUUUGAGAAAAACCGAAGAGGGAAAAGAAAUUCUUGAACGUGCUCGAAGUGGCCCCUUGUCGGACCAGAAAGUCCGAAAGCUGACAGCCAUCGUUAUACAAUUUCAUUUGCAAACUUAUGGCUCGAAAAGGACAACGGCAAAGAUUUUGGAAGAUUACGACAAAGCUAUUCGCACGUUACUGAAGCACGAACCAAGAAACAUUUAUUACAUUCCUAAAAGCAGUGCCAAAACUUCCCCGGGUGGAACGCUAUCCAACAGGCUGGGAAAUAUCAGAAAGAAAAACAGGAACGAAGCGAAGCGAGAAGACCAACAUCAAAGAAAAAUUAGGAAGGUUGAUGUUGUUGAAACACCCUCUCUGGAAAGCGGCAACUCCAACACUUGGCUGCUGUUAAACCAGGAGCCGUGGACAACGGUGUUAGAGAAGUGGGAAAGUAGCUUCGAUUGCCGAAAGCAUUUACUGCGGUGCAGUCGGAAGAGUUUAACUCUACUGACCACCUACCAUCAUUAUAAACUGAACUCUGGUUAUCAACUGAUUGAUCUGGACUAUGAAAAACUGUUUGGCGAUGCCCAAAUUGGAAUGAGACACUUGGAAAGUAGUAGAAGUAACAUUGUUACGUAUAUUUCGGCCAAAGCACGCGAUCCUUCUGCGCCAGGAAUAGUUAAUCAUUUUUUUCAUUCAACUGCAUCCGAAGAUUCCAAAUGGUGUGCUGUGCUUAUUGGAUUAAAUACAAUACUGCUACCGAUUUCAACUGGAGCGCGAUUCAGACCAUCGAUUCAAGUGGCUCAAGAGGACACUAUAAUUUGGGCUGAAAACGAAUUUGAGAUAGGCGAACAAGUACAGAAAGUUUACGCUGCAUAUGCUGAAAGCAGAUUGCCAUUGACACCGAAGCUCGUUGCCGUUGGAAAAGACUAUCGGGACGUUCGAGGUCCUUUCUACGUUUAUUACCAUAGUUUUUAUUAUAAAUUUUCAACCGCGCUGCGUGCAAUUGACGUUCUUAUUAAGCUGACAGCAGUACUGGGAUUGCCGUUUUCUAAACUGUCCCAAUUAGUUUGGCAGUUUAUAAGUGCCUCAAUUUACGAGCUACCAAUAUCAGAGCGUUAUAUUAAUAUUGUGAGAUUAUCGAAACAUUUGAAAUCAACAAAAGCAUGAUGUACGCUUGCUUGAUAAUAGAUUGUUCGCGAAGCUUCGAGAGAGCUAGUUUAUAUUUAAAGCAUUUAAAAACUGACCACAGAGUGCCUGUGCACUAUCGCUAUAAAUGCACUUAUAAAGAUUGUAAACAAAUUUUUUCUGUAUUUUAUCCGUUCAAAAAACAUAUUAUGCGCCAUUCAGCAUCACAAACUGAAACAGGAUCCAUAAAUGUUGAGGAAACUUCUUGUUAUGAGACACAGCCCACUUCAAGUGGAUAUAACUCCACAGAAUGUCAGCAACCAAAAAAAUUAAAAACUUAUUCUGAUGUCAAUAUUGAUGCAAAAGAUUGCACUCUAAGCACCAAUUUAAAGUCCUUGGAAUCUGCAGCUGUAAACUUCACCUUACAAAUGCAUGCAAAACAUAACGUAACGCGCAAAGAUGUAUACAAUAUACAGAAAAAUGUAAACGAGCUACUUUCGAAUAUUGCAAUUUUAUUGGAAUCAUUAGAUAUGUACGCAUCUGAUGCAGAAACUGAAUUUGCAUUCAAGAAAUACUUGUCAAUAAUGAAGAAUUUAUUUUCGAACAUUAAUAGCGAUUACAAAUUGUUCAAAUAUUUGAAGAAAACUGAAGGACAUAUUCUCCCCACGAUACUUACUUUUGAAAACGAAGCGGUAGAGAAAAUGUCUCUUGAAAAUAACCUCGACUAUUCAGAUAAACCAAAUGAGCUUGUAAUCAUGCCGAUAAUGUACCAAAUCCAAGCGUUUUUCGCUUUCAAUGACUGCAUGGUCCUAAAAAUGACUUUAGAAAACACUAAUCAAUUGAUAAAAUCAAAAAGAAACGAAAAUUUUGUUAAUGGUUCUGUGUGGAAAAAUGUUCUAAAUGAGUAUGGUGAUCAUAUCGUUCUACCAAUCUUUGUUUACGGAGAUGAAUUUGAGAUUAACGAUCCCCAAAGCUCCCACAGUGGUCGUCACAACGUAUGCGGUAUUUAUUAUAGCUUUCCGACGAUUCCGGAACAUUUCCUUUCUCGACUGAAUCAUAUAUUUGUAGCAGGUAUGCUGAAGAAAACUGAUAUUAAGGACGUGGGAAUAAACAGAUUACUGUCAGAGUUAAUCGGAGUAUUUAGAGAAAUUGAACUGAAAGGCAUAGAGUUCAAUUUAGAUGGACGUACUGUGAAUGUAAAGUUUGUGCUGAGCCUCGUUCAGGGCGACAAUUUAGGCAUACACCAAAUGCUUAUGUUGGCAAGUGGAUUUAACGCCAACUUCUAUUGUCGGUUUUGCCGAAGGCCAAAACAGUUAAUGCAAACUGAUACAUCGGAACAUUCUGAAUACUUUCGUAACGUGCGAGACUACGAGGAAAAUUUAAAAUUAAAUAAACUAAGCGAUACAGGAAUUGCCGGAAAUUCUGUUUUCAACGGGUUGCCGAACUUUCAUGUGAUCGUUAACAAAAGUGUAGAUGCAAUGCACGACCUUUUUAGUAGCGGUAUUUGCAAACAUGGUCUCACGGAGAUAUUAGAUCAUUGUAUCUACAUAAAAAAAUACAUUACAUUGCAACAAUUCAACGAACGUAGAAAAAAUUUAAGUAGAAUGACUCUUGAUGAAGACUUGAAACGGAUGCCUGACGUUGGCGAGAGUUAUAUCCGUAAGGAAAAACGAAAGACUGUUGUAUUUAGAAUGACGUCAAGUGAGAUGCGUUGUUUUCUUCACUUUUUUCCUUUGAUAAUCGGCGAUCAAGUUCCCAGAGAUGAAAUAGUUUGGAAAUAUUGCAUCACGCUAGUUAAACUUGUGGAUGUAGCGUUAAAGCGUUCAUUCACACCUGAUGAUGUGUUCCGCUUGCAAAUGCUCAUACGAUCACAUCAUGAGAUGUACCAAGAGUUAUUCAAAAAAAACUUGAAACCUAAACACCACAUGGUCGUUCAUUAUCCGUCCGUUAUAAAAGCUUCCGGCCCAAUACGAUAUCUAAUGUGCUUUCGCAACGAGGCUAAACAUAAGGGUUUUAAGCAAUACGCGCAUAUGAUUUCAUCUAGGAAGAACAUUUGCUUCACUCUAUGCGUUAAGGCAAGCCUUCAGUUUACGUUUGAUCUAGCAAGCAAUAGUUUUUUUGAAAAUGAAUUAAAUUGUCACUUACAACUUUGUAACUUGCGCUUGCGUUAUUAUUUUACACAGAUCAUACAACCAAUAAGGCUUAACUUAAGUUUUGAGAAUUAUAAUUUGUCAACAAAUUUGAUUUACAAAGGAACCACUUAUAAGAAUGGGCAUUUCAUGACAUAUUUUUAUAGGGGCAAUAUGUUCCUGUUUGAAAUACUUGAAAUUGUUGUUCACGAAAAUAAUCCUCACCUCAUAUGCCAACACUGGAACGUUGGAGGCUACGAUGACCAUUUUUUAGCUUACGAAGCGCUUAACAGAAUCCCGAUUGUAGAUAUUUUUAAUAUUGAAUUUUUUGACGGACCACCAGUAUCGUUGAUAUUUAUUAGCAAAAAAAAUAUGUUUAGGGUAAAAAAUAGUUUCAAUAAUUGUUAUUAAUAAUGAAGAUUACAUGUAUAGAAAAACUGGAAAUUUAAUUUAUGUGAUGUAAUUUAUAAUAAAAAAGAACAAAAGAUAGUGAUUUAGUCAGUUUUAUUUCAACUAUUUAAAAUUAAAACUUGUCUUAAUUUUAUGAUAAAACCAUGGUCGAAUGAAAAAAAAAUGUGAAGAUUUGUUUGUAUAGGCUUUCAAUAGGUAUUAUUUUAUAACGAAAUUAUUAUAAACUUGUUUUUUUUUUUAUUUCUUCAUUAUUUGAAACAGCUAAUACCAUGAAGUCUUAAAGAGCCAAACUCGUUUUGUGUGUUUACAAUUCUUUUCUUCUUCUAGAUCAUCACUUUUUGAAGCGAACAAGAAAUAGAUAGGGAAAUAUGAAAAUAAAAUAAAAAUUACAGACGAAGUUCAAUGGUUUUUAGGAUUUGUUUGAACUGUAAAGUUUUUCUUUGAAAACUUGUCCUAGAAACAAAUUCUAUCAGCGUGAUAUUUUUUGUCAUAAGAAUAUGUACUUUCAUUCACAUGGUAAAGCAUUUAGCAUGGCGAUUGUAAUUAUACGUUAUAAAUUUCAUUUGAGAUGAUGUUUAAUAAACACUUGAAG